GUAACAAAAGGAUAUAGGGUUGAUGACCAAAAGCAGCAAGUCAAGAGCAGAAGGGUAGAGGAAAUUGAGAGAGGUGAUUUGCGCUGUUGACAAUGAAGACAUAAUUAAAUUCGUGUAUGUACAUUAGGUAUAGUUUCAGAGAGAUGGGAGAGAUAACACAGAUAGAGGGUUUUGAAAACAGGAUAGAAAUUUUGAAAUCUAGACGGUGGGGAAACGGGAGCCAGCGCCUGGUUAAGUCAGCAAGAAUUCUGGAGGACCCUCUGCGCCCCAGUUCAUCCACUGCGGCUCCACUCGGGCUGGGCCGGGCCGGGCCGGGCCGGCAUCACAGCGGGGUGCCCGACGCCGGUUGUUCGGCCGUUACCCACAGCCACGGCCUGACGGCGAGCCUCGGGCCGUUGAUGGUCUCCAGGCACUGACGUUCGGCGCGUUGUGACGCCAGGAGCGGGUGUGUGCUGGAGCCUGAGGCGGGCUGAGCGCACAGGAAGCCCGAGCGGAGAAGCGGUGUCAGCCUCCGAGUGGGAACGCAGCGCACUCCUCCCACCCCGGGCCGCUCGGCUCUGCCCCUCCCACCCCGGCACGCCACCGCCGCCGCCGCCGCCUUCAUGACGGGCAGCGAGGUAGGCUAGGACUCAGCAGCCCAGCCUCCGCACCUCGCCUAGUGUCCGAGCAGCAGGAUGGAGCCGCCUCUGCCGCCACCGCUGCACGGCGACAAGCUGCCGUCUCCGCACAUGUCGCCCGGCUCACCUCGGCCUCAGCAGCGCCGGCGCUCGGGUCGUCUCGGCCUGGAGAUGUAUCACUCGCUGAGCGGCUCCAACUUCGACCUGUUCACGGCCGACUCGACGGCGUCGCUGCCCUACCUGGACGGCAAGGAGGUGGACUUCAGCGAGAGCGACAUCUCGGUCACCCACAAGCGCAGCCACUCGGGCAGUAUCCGGCACCGCUACGACGUGGUGGGGGAGCUGGGCUCCGAGGAGGUGCGCUGGUUUUACAAGGAGGAUCGCAAGACCUGGAAACCCUUCAUCGGCUACGACUCGCUGCGCAUCGAGCUCAGGUACAGGGACUACAGCGAGUUUGUCGCCAAGGCAGGCUCGCCACCUCUAGCCAGACCCGCGCUCGACACCGUGUGUGUCCGCGGCGGUCUGUAUGAAGUCAACUUGAUAGACAAGGAAUGUUAUCCCGUGUAUUGGCUUCAACCAGAUAAGAUUUUAGUCAUGCGUGGCCAAUGGUUUAUUGACGGUACCUGGCAGCCUUUGGAAGAGGAAGACAGUGAUCUGAUAGAAGCUGAACACCUAAAGCGUUUUAGGGGUCAACAGAUCCAGGAUGUAUUUGAGCUGGAUGUAGCUAAAUCUAUGGACGGUAAAGAUGUUUUCUACCAACUCCCUUCCUUCUAUUUUCCCUUUCUGUUCAAACGGAGAGGAUGUAAGAAAAUUGCAGGCACUGCAUGUUACAAAAGAAAGUGUUCCCAAGCCAUACAUAGCUUAAAGCUGAGCCGCAAUCAUGUGGACUGGUAUAGCGUGGAUGAAGUUUAUUUGUACAGUGAUGCAACCACAUCGAAAAUUGCAAGGACAGUUACCCAGAAAUUGGGAUUUUCCAAAGCGUCAAGUAGUGGGACAAGACUUCAUAGAGGAUAUGUAGAAGAAUCAUCACUCGAAGACAAACCUCCAAUCCCCACCCACAUAGUCUUUGUUGUACAUGGAAUAGGGCAAAAAAUGGACCAAGGUCGUAUUAUUAAAAACACGGGCAUGAUGCGCGAAGCUGCAAGGAAAGUUGAAGAGAAACACUUUCCUUAUGCCAGCAAUUUGGAAUAUGUUGAAUUUCUACCUGUGGAGUGGAGAUCGAAGCUCAGCCUGGAUGGGGAUACAGUUGAAUCUAUUACCCCAGAUAAAGUACGUGGGCUUCGAGACAUGUUAAACAGUAGUGCCAUGGACAUUAUGUAUUAUACUAGCCCCCUUUACAGGGAUGAGAUUGUAAAAGGUCUACAGCAGGAGCUAAAUCGAUUAUAUGAGCUGUUUUGUUCUCGAAACCCAGAUUUUGAAGUCCAAGGUGGGAAAGUCUCAAUAGUAGCCCACUCUUUAGGUUGUGUUAUCACUUAUGAUAUUAUGACUGGAUGGUAUCCAGUGAGGUUUUAUGAUAAAAUGGUCCAAGAGGAAGAAGAGAGAGCAGAAAAUUCCAUGAGUUUUGAGGAACGUGAACUUUUGGAUGAUAUUCUCAAGACUAAGCAACGAUUAAAACAAUUAGAGCACAAAUUACUGCAAGUGAAAGCUUCAGCACCACUCAAGUUACCUGCCUUGAAAUUUAAGGUUGAAAAUUUUUUCUGCAUGGGAUCCCCCUUAGCUGUUUUCCUGGCACUCCGUGGCCUCCGUCCUCAAAAUAGUGGUCAACAGGAUCACAUUCUACCAAAAAGUAUAUGUGGCCGGUUAUACAAUAUAUUUCACCCAACUGACCCUGUGGCCUAUCGAUUAGAACCACUGAUCCUGAAGCAUUAUAGUAAUAUUGCACCACUGCAGAUACAUUGGUACAACACACCAGUCUUAACAAAGUACGAUGACAUAAAGCCAACCUUCAUCAAGCCUGCCAAAGAGUCACAGAAUCCCUCACCGGCUCCUUCGGUAUCUACCUCAAAUACAGAAAUGGAAUCCAUACCAAGUCCAAGUACCUCACCGGUUAUGCCUCGCCGACAUUAUGGGGAAUCAAUAACCAGCCUAGGAAAAGCAAGUAUAAUGGGAGCUGCACAUAUAGGAAAAGGUAUUGGUGGAAUAUUGUUUGCAAGGUUCUCAAGAACUCCCGCAGUGAAUAUAAGUACAGUCAGUGAAGAUGUGAAAGAAGUAACUGAUGAAGAAAAGAAGCCUCUUGAAGUUCCAUUUAGUCCAAAGAUACUGUCACGUAAUGACUCUGGUCUUUUGUUGGGUGCAGAGUUAGAACAUCGCCUUGACUUUGAACUGCGGGAAGGCCUUGUAGAAAGUAGAUACUGGUCUGCAGUGACAUCACACACCUCGUAUUGGUCAUCUCUAGAUGUUGCUCUUUUCCUCCUCUCAUUUUUGUACACCCAGAGACCACCUGGAAAUGAAGACCAAUCAGAAACCACUGAUUUUAAGGAGAAACCGUACAAAUGAAAAUCUGUAUGGAAUUAAUAAUAGAACUGCUAUUAAUGUGCAAUGAAAACUGAGAAUUACUUUUCUGUUUUUAUUUUUGUUUUUAUUUAAUUAUUUUUAGAAUCCACAUUAAUAUUGGAAGACCAAUUUCUAAAUAAAGUACUUGAGCUAGAUAAGUUUAAAACUUUCCAAUCUGUUCAGUUUGCUCCUACUCACUGUAUUUCGGAUGUGUAAAAUGCAUAAGUUUAUAAUCAUCUGGGUUUGAGACUAACACUAUGGUGGAAUUUAUAAUUUUAAGCUUGAUUGUAUUUGUUUUGAAUGUGCAAACUACAUAUAAUUGAAAAUUUGUUUUGUACUAAAAGCAUAAUCCACUAUGAAUGUUGAAGUUUCUACUUAUAGUUCCACCCUCCAGUCCUUGUCUCACAUCUAGGCAGUAUAGUUAAUAAUGAACUGUUUACACAUUUGAAGUACAAAAUGUAUUUUGGUGCUUAUAAUUUUAUUAAUAUAUCUAAUAUUUUUCACUUGUUUACUGGGUCAUGUAUAAAUAUAUAUAAGCUGAAACAACUACACUGUGCUAUUGUAUAGUACAGGAGGCACCACAUUGUCAUUUUCUGUGUUUCUUGUUUUAUUUUACAGUCAAUAAAUGCCCUGGAGGUUUUAUAUAGCAA